GCCGCCGCCCCCCGCCCGCGCCGCCGCCCCCGACGGGGAGGACCAUGGCGAAGGUGGAGCAGGUCCUGAGCCUCGAGCCACAGCAUGAGCUCAAGUUCCGAGACUCCCGGGAAACGCUUCAGAGCUGCGGCUGUUUACUGAGUCAUCACUGCACGAGGAAGCAGAGGCCGUCCAGUUAAGCCCAAAACAACUUCAGGAAGCCUAACACUGGCCCAGCAGUUAUGGCGCUUGCUACCAAGGCUGACGACUUGAAUUCAAUUUCUGAGACCCACGUUAUGCAAGGGGAGAACUGACUCCCGCAAGUUGUACAAACACACAGACAACGUACACGAAAAAUUUUAAAAUAAAAAUAUCCCGUUAAUGUGGAUUCUAGUUGCCAGAAGCCCCCCUCUUACCAGGAUCACCUGGUGCUGGUGAGGGGUGGUGUCGUUUGGUAGCAGCUUUUUGGAAUUUGGUGUCAUGUGAUUCUCCCUGUGGCUAUGCAGCAGUGAGCUGCAGCCUCCAGUUAUGACCGUCAAUGCCUCCGUGUGUUUGGAUCCUGUCAUCGCUACAAGGCGUCCAUCUCCGUGUGGUGUGUGUGCACACAUGUCCCUUCACUGAUGUCGUCACCACCAACCUGAAACUUGGCAACCCAACAGACAGAAAUGUGUGUUUUAAAGUGAAGACCACAGCGCCGCGCAGGUACUGCGUGCGGCCUAACAGUGGGGUCAUUGAUGCCGGGGCCUCUCUCAAUGUGUCCGUGAUGUUACAGCCUUUCGAUUAUGAUCCCAAUGAGAAAAGUAAACACAAGUUUAUGGUUCAGUCUAUGUUCGCUCCACCUGACACUUCUGAUAUGGAGGCAGUAUGGAAGGAGGCAAAACCGGAAGACCUUAUGGAUUCAAAACUUAGAUGUGUGUUUGAAUUGCCAGCAGAAAACGCUAAACCACAUGAUGUAGAAAUAAACAAAAUUAUACCUACAAGUGCAUCCAAGACAGAAGCACCGGCGGCUGCUAAGUCCCUGCCGUCGUCCCUUGAUGACACCGAAGUGAAGAAGGUGAUGGAGGAGUGCAGGCGGUUGCAGGGGGAGGUGCAAAGGCUGCGGGAGGAGGGCCGACAACUCAAGGAAGAAGACGGGCUUCGGGUGAGGAAGGCGCUGCAGAGCAACAGCCCCAUGGCGGCUCUGGCUGCCCCCGGCAAGGAGGACGGCCUCAGCGCCCGGCUGCUGGCUCUGGUGGUCUUGUUCUUCAUUGUUGGUGUCAUUAUAGGAAAGAUUGCCUUGUAGAGGCCGCAUGCGCAGGACGGCAGAUUGGAUUGAUGGAUCUACCACAUCAUGGGAUCUAAAUUUAUCAUAACCAUGCGUAAAAAGAAAUUAAUGUAUGAUGACAUCUCACAGGUCUUGCCUUUAAAUACCCCUCCCCAUGCACACACAAAUGCACACACAAAUAUAGCAUAAUAUAAUGAUCUUUUAGGAAGUUAAAAAUGUAUAGUAAAUGGACGGGGGAAGAAUGGUCUGUUACUGAGGGAUGCCGUGGUUUCCACAGUGGCAUAUUGUAGCUGUCACAUUAAGCUCGGGUAGGCCUUGGCAUGUGUUCCUAGUCACCUCUCUUAAAGCAGAAGCUCUUCCUCACAUGUUGGGGCUGGCCUGUGGGAGUGGAAGUCCUGUGAGGUAGGGUGUGCUGUCCCCUCCACAGCCUCCUCGUGCUGCCUAGUCUCACCCAGGUGGCUUCCCCAGGCCUGCUGUUCUGUCCAAGUCAUCGGCUCCUCAGGCAUGCAGAGCUACAGAAGCCAAAACACCUUGCAUGGUGGCCACAUCUUGUGUACUUGUAGGUCAUGAGUGAGAGACCCGAGUCUCUGUGCUCUGCUCUCUUAAAGGGACCAAAAUCAGUCUGUUGGUUCAUGUAGUGACACUGAGCUGUUACCAGAGAUGUGUCGUGCACAUCUAGCUUACUCGAUGUGUUCCAUCUCAUGUGUUCCACUCUGCUGUCGAGUGCAGGCAGUGCUGCGGCCUGCACCUCACCUGUGCUGUGGAGUACCAUGGAGUACCAUACCAGUGAGGGCAUUGCCGCUGGUGUCACCAUGGCUCCCGGUCUCUGGAGGUCCAAGGGAUGGGGAGAGUCUGAGUCAGGAGACAGCUGCCAGGAAGUGUUUUGUUGUGGAUCAGUAACAGCUGUCCCGAAGAGGGACACUCUUUGUAGUGACAGUCAGCUCUGGGUUACCCAGUCUUCUAGAUUGUUCUCCCCUCACUCUCCGCUAUGGCUCAUCCUUCUAGAACAUAGGCCAGGUCUGACCUGCCUGUCUCAGGAUGAAUGAGUCAGGCUGCACGAGGGUGUGGGGCACGGAGGUGGGGAGGGAGAGCGCCUCCGCAAAUCCAUCUGCUGGUAGUGAAGAGUCUUGACUGUGAAUUAAUUUCAUGCCCUAAAAGACCAAUCCAGUUCUGCUCAACUAUGUAGCAUCUUAAAAGAAGAAAUUAAAAUAAAGUCCCAAAUUAAGA